AUGGUUACCCCAAGGCGGAAGGAUACCAUCUGCGAGGCGGCCAUUGUUGCUUUUUCCUUCAAUAAGGACUGCUCGGAGGCCGUCUUUUCGCCGAACAAUCACCUCCUGCAUAUUGUGUCCUGCAAAGAUAAGACGGAUUGCACCACGUGGGAAAUUUAUGCCACCUUGGAGCAACACGAUCAAUCUGUUUCCGCCACCGCCUGGCAUGGCUUCACGGAUCGUAUUCUUUCGUGCUCGCAGGAUCGUACCGCGUUUGUGUGGCAGCGUAGUGCCAAGGGAACGUGGAAGCCGCAAAUGGUGAUGCUGGAUGCAGGUGUGAAGCGGGGUCUGACAAGCUGCGCAUGGAAUCAUUCAGGUUCCAAGGUUUAUGUGGGUUCUGCCGCGUCGAAUAUUGCUGUUGGGCGAUUUGAUGUGGAAAAUGAAUGGUGGGUAUGUCGUUUGCUUGAGGGGCACACAAGUACAGUGACGGCACUUGCACCGCAUCCGUCAGAUGAUGCGCUGUUAGCUUCUGGAGGCACUGACGGGAAGCUGAGACUUGUUUCCACGUUUAUGAAGAAGGUUGAUGGCAAGAAGACGGUUUCCUUUGGUCACGUCUACCUGGAGAAGGAAUUUAGGGCAUGGGUUCACGCUAUUGCCUGGGCGCCAUCAGGCCAACGCUUUGCAGUUGCAACCCAUGAUAGUCGGGUGCAUGUCUUUGAUGUGCCCUCCGUUGAGAGUCUUUGCGAGGGAACGGAAGAGGUCUUAGGGAUGUAUCGCAUCAACUUGGCGAUACUUCCUCUCAAAUCGCUUGCAUUCGUGUUGGAGGAUCACCUUGUUGGAGGGGGUUUUGACUACUUCCCAGUACUCUUCAAACCGUCUGCCAAUGGCGGUGGCUGGAGGUUGGCGGGCAAGUGGACCGCGGGCCAGACGAAAAGGUUGAAGACAGCGCAGCAGGUUGCUCGUGAAAAGUUUCAGAACGAGGCACGCAUGGGUCAGGCAGAAGUUGUUGACGAGGAGCAGGUGCGCCACAAGAACAACAUAGUUGGCGUCCUCCCUCUCCCAGGCGAUGGUACUACUUUCGCCUCAGACAUGAAGGGACUUGUUUUUGCCACGGCAAGUCUUGAUGGGCGUGUUGAAGCAUGGACUAUGGGAGAAAUGGUAUCUAUUACGUAA